AUGUCUUCCAUAGAUUACAUCAGCCGUUUACCAGAUUGUCUUAUAAGCCACAUCUUAUCUUUUGUUUCCACUAAAGAAGCUGCUUCCACUUCCGUUCUUGCCAAAAGGUGGAGAUAUCUCUUUGCUCUUACACCUGAUCUUUAUUUCGAUGACUCUGUCUAUCUGAAUCCUGAAAACAAGAGCAAAACUCUUAUGAGUUUUGUGGAUUUUGUGGAUAGAGUGUUAGUUUUGCACCAGAAUGUUCCUUUAAACAGAUUCUCUCUCAAGUGUGAAGAUGUUAUUCAUCCAGCUAUUAUCACUAGUUGGUUACUCAAGGUGAUGAACCGAGGUGUGUUAGAUCUUGAUCUACAAAUCAUAUCUUCUGAUAUGGAUUGUCCUCUCCCUUCUGAGAUGUUUGUGAGUGAGACUUUGGUUAAGUUGUUUAUAAGAGUUUGUGGGGUCCUCGCCAUUGAUAAGGCUAAAGAUGUUUUUCUUCCAAAGUUUCUUUCGUAA